AUGGAGAAGGAUGCUAGAGGAGAAAUGAGACAUGCUACAAUCUUAAUUAAGGAGGAUAACAACAAAAACCCAUAUAUUAGUAUUAUAGAAAUUGGUGAGGUUAUGGAUUUAUGGGUGACCAUAAAGGUAGAGGAAUCCUUUGUAGAUAAAUUAGAAAGGACAUCAAGUGAGUCUAAUAAUCUAAGAGUCAUUGAAGAACCACUCGAUUUAGGGUUACGACCAAGGUCUUUUGAGGAGGAUGGGAUUUGUUAUGAUUCUUUAGCUAUAGAUGAGGAUAUUCAUAUUGCGGAUGCAUGUGCUCCUCUCCCAUAA